AUGACUAAAGAACGUGUUUGUAUCAUAGGCUCUGGUAAUUGGGGUUCAGCUGUUGGUAAAAUUGUUGGAGAAAAUGUAUUAAAACAUAAAGAUAUAUUCGAAACUGAAGUUAGGCAAUGGGUCUUUGAAGAGGAUUACAAAGGAGAGAAGCUAACAGAGGUAAUUAAUCGAGAAAAGGAAAAUCCAAAAUAUUUGCCUGGGAUCAAAUUUACCUCAAAUAUCAAAGCUGUACCUGACUUGAUUGAAGCCAGUCGUGAUGCCUCUGUGCUUGUCUUUGUUUUACCUCAUCAAUUUGUAAGAGGUGUAUGUGAAAAAAUGAAAGGUACUAUCUCUCAAGAUGCAAAAGCUAUUUCGCUCAUAAAGGGUCUAGAGAUAAAACCAGAGGGUGUUACAUUAUUCUCUGAAGAGAUUGCCCGCAAAUUAGAAAUGACCCAUGUUGCUGCUCUAAGUGGCGCAAAUAUUGCAGACGAAGUCGCCUUGGAAAGGUUUUGCGAAUCAACUAUUGGUUGUAGAUCAAUAGAAGAUGGUCAAUUGUUCUUUAAAUUAUUUAACACUGAUUACUUCCAUGUUAAUGUCAUUCGUGAUUAUGUUGGGGUUGAACUUUGUGGUGCACUAAAAAAUAUUGUGGCCGUCGGUGCUGGUAUCUCAGAUGGUUUAGGGUAUGGAAGUAAUACAAAGGCGGCUAUUAUUCGCUUAGGUUUAAUGGAAAUGCGUAAAUUUGGUCAAACCUUUUUUGGAACUGUCGAAGACAGUACCUUCUUUGAAUCCUGCGGUGUUGCAGAUUUAAUCACAACUUGUUCUGGUGGACGUAAUAGAAAAGUCGCUGAAGCCUUUGCAAUCACUGGGAAACCUAUAGAUGUCUUGGAACGACACAUGUUAAACGGUCAAAAAUUACAGGGAACAUUAACUGCUCAAGAAGUGCAUCAAUUUCUUUCCGCUAGAAAAAUGACUCAUGAAUUCCCUUUAUUUGAAACUGUAUAUCGUAUUAUUUAUGAGAACGCACCUUUAGAAUCCAUUGUUCGUGAUAUUUAA